AUGGCGUCUUUCUGCCGCUCCGCCGCCGCCGCGGCCAGGUCGGCGGCUUUCCGGUCGAGAUCCCGCAUCACGAAUCCGUUCCCGGCGACAAGGUCGCCCGUCGCCGCUCCGCGGCUCCGCAGGUCCGCGGUGAAGGUGCUCGCGGGCGCGGAGUCGCUGAUGCCUCUCCACAGCGCGGUAGCGGGCGCGCGGUUGCGCUCGUGCAUCGCGGCCGACUCGUCCUGCUGGAGCUGCCUCUCCCAAGGUUUGAUCAAGCGCAUCUGAUCAUGGCUAGGAGUAUAAUGUUAAAGGGCAUGGAUCACGUGCUCCUGUAAUCCUGUUUCAAGAUAUUUUCUUUCCGCCUAAAGACUAGCGCCUGCCAGUUUGUGUAUUAAUCAAAUUUGUUGAAAAAGUUGAAGAACUAAUAUGUUCACGACCUAUUCAGAACUAUUGUUAAUUUCUCUCUAUCAGUAACAGACUUAUCUCAGUUUUCUUAACAGUGUUUGUUUUGUGGACACCUUGCUUCAUAACACCAGAUGAUACUACACUGUUAAUCAUUUCCCAACCUUGCAAGUAUUAGUAUAUUGGGUUGUUUGUGUGCUUUUGGAUUAUCUUAAGUGUGC